AGCGCGAGGGACUGGGUCGCGUGCUGUCUGGUUAAACGACCUGAGGGGAGGGCCAGUUACGCAGAGUUGCUGGAACAUAGCUUUUUGCUCGACGACUCCAGACGCAAGGUCGAUAUGCGUGACUGGGUCAAGCGCGCGCUGGCGUGGCGCGAGGCUCAGAAGGAGACUGCUCUUGCCGUCAACACGGCUGCGGGCGAAUCUUCCUGAGCAUAGAAUGCCUUCGAUCUGGUUCGCGAAGCUGGACAGAACGGUCAACGGAAGGGGAGGAAAUUGUGCGGUUUCACGGUUCUGCGGUCCGGGACGGGCGGGCCGUUCGUUAUAAGGCUGGAAAUCUUUUGCAGUCCACCAAGUUGUGGAAGCACAGAUCGGACGGCGUGUUUGGGGUUGAGAGUAUGUGCUGAGAGUAGAGGGCUUUCGGACGGAUAGAGCGCGUGAUGUUUCCGGGGGCUGGGGAACCCCCAACGCGUCACAUCGGAUCGCUCCGUGGUGGACACGAAACUGACCGACGACUUGCGCCCUCCUCAUCUGACCUCCUCCAGUUCACCUCCCCCUUCCUCGCGCCCACACACGUGUAUUCUUUCCUCUCCCCGAUUGUUCCCUUCUCAUCCAGUUUCGUCGACAUAAUCGGCUAAAGUUUGACGUUCGUGGCAUGCGUUGGACGUCGGCGUUGUAUAUACCACUCUCCUUCCCCCCUCCCCGACGAGCGCUGCGCCUGCUCUUGCCCGCGCGCCUUGUCUUGUCUCAUCGCCUGGAUCUUGAUGGCCUGGUGUUAUUGUUGUUGUUGUUGUUGUUGUUGUUGUUGUUGUUGUGGCUGUGGUUGCUGAUGUUGUCUAGGCGCAUUGCAGUGGGAAUCACGGAGCGGGUAUUUGUGUACUUCCUUUCGCGCUCCUGGUUUCAUUUUUCGCUUUGUGAUGCUUUCAAGCUUCGCUUUUGGUGGUUGGACAUAGGAACAGGACGCUCGCAUGCGGGUUGCAGUGCGAUUGGAGGCGGUGAUGAAACGGAUUCUCUUGCAGGAACAAGCUGGAUACUGUCGUCCGUAGUUGCAUGCCAGGUGCAUGCCUAUAUGUCAUCAUAUGAAUCCCUCGCUUGCAGCAUUCCGGCACCGAUGCAUCGCGAUCCUUCGUCACCACUUAAAGCGGCUGGAGUUGUAUGUUGUUUUGUUGGGGUUUUUGUCGUGCACAUGCUGCGCACAAACACGAUCGUGCGGCGGUGCGGUAGCAGUGGUGGCUGGGACAGUGGUUUUCUUCUUUUCUGCUCUCGGUUGUGGUGGUUAUGUGUUUUUGGGGCUGGAUGUUGAAACGCUGAUCGAUUACAUAGAGGGGUAUCUGCUGUGCUUUGCUUUGCUUUCAUGCAUCUAUUUG